CAAGUCCAAGACUGAUCAUCCCCUUCUCUCACUGCUGUUUAUUAUUGUAUUCUCCUUUUUUCUACAUCCCGUUCUCCCAGCCGACAAAAAUAAACAAAAAAACGAAACGGAGCCGUCUCCCGGGAAUCGGACGUGCAGUCGGUAAUGGCAGAGCGGAGAUCAUCGUUUUUCUGGCUCCCUCUUGUCUGUGACAGGUGAAGUCUAGUUCCUUAUCUGUUAUUUUCUCUUCUCUGCUUUUGGUUGAUGCUGAGCUCUCUGAGUAUUCCCCGAACCAACGCGGUAAAGGAUAGAAUCUUGCGCAUCACGGUGCAAAGUUGUGUGUUUUAGAAGCUUUGACGAAGUAAGUUGUCUUGAUUUCGUGUCACCCGGAUCUUAUCUAUGCACAAAACAUCACCUUGUUGAGGAGGUCUAGAGUUGUCGAUUUAUCAGCAGGGUUGCGAAGAUGUCUUCGUCCAGGCCUGCACAGUCUUCCACCAGUUCUGGCAGAAGUAGACAUAGUGCGAGGAUAAUAGCCCAGACCACUGUGGAUGCGAAGCUUGACGCAGAGUUCGAAGAACAUGGUUAUUCUUUUGAUUACUCACAGUCGGUUCGUGCGCACCAAGCAUCAGCUCCCGAACUUCAGAGAUCCGAGAAAGUUACGGCUUACCUGCAGCAUAUCCAGAAAGGAAAGCUGAUUCAACCAUUCGGAUGCUUGUUAGCUCUUGAUGAGAAGACCUUUAAGGUCAUUGCCUACAGCGAGAAUGCUCCGGAGAUUCUCACCAUGGUUAGCCAUGCAGUGCCGAGUGUCGGCGACCACCCGACCCUCGGCGUCGGCACCGAUGUGAGGACCCUCUUCACGACCCCCAGCACUGCGGCACUGCAGAAGGCGCUAGGCUUUGCUGAGGUUUCUCUGCUGAAUCCGAUUCUAGUCCACUGCAAAACCUCUGGUAAGCCCUUCUAUGCUAUCGUGCACAGGGUCACCGCUUGUUUGAUCGUAGAUUUCGAACCGGUGAAGCCUACCGAAGUGCCUAUGACUGCUGCUGGGGCUCUCCAAUCAUACAAGCUGGCUGCCAAGGCUAUAUCGAAACUUCAAUCGCUGCCUGGCGGGAGCAUGGAGAAGCUAUGCAACACUGUUGUAGAAGAGGUCUUUGAGCUUACAGGGUAUGACAGGGUCAUGGCUUACAAGUUCCAUGAGGACGAUCAUGGUGAAGUCUUCGCAGAGAUCACAAAGCCAGGCCUCGAACCUUAUCUGGGGUUGCAUUAUCCAGCUACGGACAUUCCUCAAGCUGCCAGAUUUCUUUUUAUGAAGAGCAAGGUACGAAUGAUAUGCGACUGCCGGGCAAAGCCAGUGAAGGUGCACCAAGAUGAGAAGCUCCCCUUUGAUAUUACCUUCUGCGGUUCCACCCUUAGAGCUCCGCACAGUUGCCACUUGCUGUAUAUGGAGAACAUGAAUUCCAUCGCUUCACUGGUUAUGGCUGUGGUGGUGAAUGAAGGCGAAGUGGAUGAUGAUGCGGAGCCGGGACAGCAGCAGCAGAAGAGGAAGAGGCUUUGGGGGCUUGUGGUCUGCCAUCAUGAGAGCCCGAGGUUUGUCCCUUUCCCCUUAAGAUAUGCCUGUGAGUUUCUGAUGCAAGUGUUUGCCAUCCAUGUCAACAAGGAGCUUGAGUUAGAGAAUCAGGUGCGUGAGAAGAACAUCUUGCGAACCCAGACACUGUUGUGUGAUAUGCUGCUUCGAGAAGCUGCUCCUCUGAGCAUUGUAUCUCAGACUCCCAAUAUCAUGGACCUAGUUAGUUGCGAUGGUGCUGCCCUUCUGUACCAGAAUAGGAUUUGGCGACUUGGAGUGACUCCAACUGAAUCCCAGAUACGUGACAUCGCCUACUGGCUCUCAGAGCAUCACAUGGAUUCUACUGGCUUAAGUACCGAUAGCCUACAUGAUGCUGGAUACCCGGGUGCUCAAGCUCUUGGUGACAUAGUUUGUGGAAUGGCUGCUGCUAGGAUAACUUCCAAGGACAUCCUUUUCUGGUUCAGGUCACAUACUGCUGCUGAAAUUAGAUGGGGAGGUGCAAGGCAUGACCCUUCUGAUGAGGAUGAUGGCAGGCGAAUGCACCCAAGGUCCUCCUUCAAAGCUUUCCUUGAAGUCGUCAAGAUGAGAAGUUUGCCAUGGAAUGACUAUGAGAUGGAUGCAAUUCACUCACUGCAGCUAAUACUUAGAGGAACUUUAAAUGAUACUAAAAGUGGGAGUGGAAAUGCCACACUGGACUCCCAGCUCAAUGACCUUAAACUUGAAGGGAUGGUGGAGCUGCAAGCAGUCACAAAUGAAAUGGUCCGUCUGAUUGAGACAGCUACUGUGCCAAUCUUAGCGGUGGAUGUCAACGGGCUCAUAAAUGGGUGGAAUCUCAAAAUUGCUCAAUUGACUGGUCUAUCAGUCGACCAAGCCAUAGGCAGAGAUUUGCUUACCCUUGUCGAAGACUGCUCUACUGAUGCUGUCAAGAAGAUGCUUUACUUGGCAUUGCAGGGAAAAGAAGAGCAAAAUGUGCAAUUUCAAAUGAAGACUCAUGGCCCUCGUAGUGAGGAUGGUCCUGUCAUCUUAGUCGUGAAUGCUUGUGCCAGCCGUGACAUCAAUGAUCAGGUUGUUGGGGUGUGUUUUGUGGCACAAGAUAUGACUGGCCACAAAAUGGUGAUGGACAAGUUUACCCGGAUUGAAGGAGAUUACAAAGCCAUAGUCCAGAACCCCAGCCCACUGAUCCCUCCUAUAUUUGGUGCAGAUGAAUUUGGCUGGUGUUCUGAGUGGAAUGCAGCCAUGAUCAAGUUGUCUGGAUGGCAGAGAGAUGAAGUGAUAGAUAAGAUGCUCUUGGGCGAAGUCUUUGGAAGUCACAUGGCCUGCUGUCGUCUGAAGAACCAAAAUGCAUUUGUAAAUCUCAGCGUUGUAAUCAAUAAUGCAAUGACAGGUCAGGAAACUGAGAAGACUCCGUUUAGUUUUAUCAACCGUGACGGUAAGCAUGUGGAGUGCCUAUUAUCAGUGAGCAAGAAGGUGGACACAGAGGAUAUGGUCACUGGAGUCUUCUGCUUCCUUCAUGUUGCCAGUCAUGAGCUGCAACAGUUGCUCCAAAUGCAGCAACUGUCAGAGCAAACAGCAAUGAAGCGAUUGAAGGCGUUGGCAUAUAUAAGGCAUGAGAUUAGAAAUCCUCUUUCAGGUAUUAUGUAUUCUAGGAAAACACUUGAAGGCACCGAUUUGGAUGAAGAACAGAGACAACUUCUUAGUACUGGGGCAAAGUGUCACAAUCAGCUUAAUAGGAUUCUUGAUGACUUGGACCUAGAGAACAUCAUGGACAGUUGCCUGGAUUUGGAAAUGGCUGAGUUUGCACUGCAUGAUAUGGUGGUUAGUGCUGUAAGUCAAGUCAUGAUUCCCAGCCAGGGGAAGGGAAUUAGAAUAAUCUAUGAUUUAUCCGAAGGAUUCAUGACGGAAGGAGUUUAUGGUGACAAUCUUAGGCUUCAGCAAAUUCUUGCUGACUUCUUGCUUGUAUCUGUGAAGUUCUCUCCUAGUGGAGGCCAUGUUGAAAUUACUGCUAGUCUGAUAAAAGAUCGGUUGGGAGAAAGUCUCCAUCUCAUACAUCUUGAGCUAAGGAUAAUACACACAGGCGGUGGGGUACCAGAGGAAUUGCUUUCGCAAAUGUUUGGAAAAGAUGAUGACCCAUCUGAGGAGGGUCUUAGCCUUCUCGUCUGUAGGAAACUGCUGAGGCUCAUGAACGGAGAUGUCCGCUACCUGAGGGAGGCCACUAAGUCGGCUUUCAUCAUCUCUGUCGAACUUGCUUCAGCCCCGAAGCCCAAAGCCUGAUUUAGAAGCUAAAGCUGAUGCAGUUGCCGUGGUGAAUCUGCGAUUUCCAGUAAUUAAUCUGUUCGAACCGACCGAUAUGGCGUGAGGCCACUAGAGAUCUUCAAUGCGCUACUGGUGGACAGACGUCCUAGACUCGGAGUGAUUUUAAGUUAAACAUAACCGUACAAAAUGCCAUUUGGGUUACUGAUCUUGCUCCCAGCUCCGGUUUCAUAACAGCUGCUUCGCACACCAUGCAAUCUACGGCCUGAGAUGUACAACAAAUUGCUGGAAUCAAGUUAUUCAUGGAAGAAAUGUUUGUUUCUAGUGUUGCAGCGCUCACAGAUGAUGCCAUCUUGUAAUUGACGGUAGAGCUGUAGAUUUUCCAAGCAAUGCGGUUUUGCAGACCACCAAUGGAGAAUAAAGCAGCUACCCCUCCCAAACGCAUCUAUAUACCGCUAUGCUUCUCUUCUU